AGAGACCAUGCGCGGUCGCCAUAUUCCGGAGCACCCCUCCCCGCGAGCCCCGUCACAGCGCGCAGAGCCACAGCAGCGUUUCAGCAGGCUACAUAGUGAGCACCGCUACCACCGGGGAGGACCAGUGAUACAGCAAAACCAACACCAAAACGAGGAUUCACAGGAAUGGAUUAAACGUUUGGACCCAUCCGUUGAGUGAUCGUAUUCGUGUGUUUGCGUCGCCGUGCUGCGGGUGAAAGGUUGCCUGUUUACAAUCUUAUUUCCUUUGAGCAAAUUCAUCCGCCAGGGCGACUCGCCACAGUGUGUGCUUUAGCUAGCCGGUGAUGGAGACUGGCAGCUAGCUAGCUAGCUAGCUGGCGUUACUCUUCUGUCAGGCUAGCAUCCGUUAUAAGGCUAACUCAACUUUGCUCUCGCUAUUUCGCUUCUAGCGCCAGUCGUCAUACCGACGUACUUUCUCAGUAGAAACCGGUCAAAAUGUUCGCGUGUGCGUAAGUGAGGCACAAACGACAAACACCGGUGAAUUAACACUGGCACCAGCUGACGUCGGGGUCGCUAGUUAGCUUCUCUUGCCUCGCUAACUGUCACCAGAUAAUUCGGAAUCGUGUCUUGAGAUGCUGUAAAUAUUGGCACAAAUUUGGCCCGAUAAUUAAGAACAGCCGGUACUUGGUUAAUUUAUUUAUAUCUGUAUUUUUGAUCGUGUAGUCCGUGUAGUCGAAGUUUAGUCAAGACGGCGCCGUUAACGAACCGCAACCUUAUUGCAUACUGUCAGAGAGCGACUACCCCCCGGAUUCUCUCGAAAUGCAUCAUCCGGACGCUGCAGGAGACUCUGGCGGUGUUAGAAAGAUGGCGCACCCGGCUGCCUUCCACAGGAGGGGCAGCGGCUCCGCGCUGUCAUCACCGGCGAACCCGGUGGUCAAUAACAGCCACGUCCCGGGCGAUGAUUAUCAGCCCUCCCUGUUGAUUCAGUGCCAACCUCCUGCCGGCUCUUCCUCCCCGGGUCCCCAUCAUGUUCCACCCCACAGCCUGAAUCUGCAUUCUCAGCCCCAGCCGGCGCAGCAGGUCGCGGCCCAGACAAAAAAGAAGAGUGGUUUCCAGAUCACCAGUGUGACUCCGGCACAGAUAUCCGUGAGUACCAACAACAGCAUCGCGGAGGACACGGAGAGCUACGAUGACCUGGACGAGUCCCACACGGAGGAUCUCUCUUCCUCCGAAAUCCUGGACGUGUCGCUCUCCAGAGCGAACGACAUAGUGGGGGCCGAGCGGAGCUCUUCGGAGGAGACGCUGAAUAAUUUCCACGAGGCCCAGACCCCCGGGGCUGUCUCCCCCAACCAGCCUUCGCACCCCCACGCCCUGAACCAGGCUCAGCAGCACGGCGGGGCCUUGGUGAACGGUAACGUGCACCAUCACCACCACCCACAUCAUCCUAACCACGCCCAGGUCUACCCCCGGUCACCUGGGCCCGGGAGCACCCAGUCUGCCCAAAAUCCUGGAGCUUUACCUUGUGUCACCCAGAAAAUGCCUUCAAACGUGGGGGUCCCUCAAGAGAAUGUUUCCCAGGCCGCCGCCCCUCCAAGUAUUGCCGCUCAGCCUUUAGGGGUCGUGGCCCCAGGAUCUGUCCCUGGAAUGCACAGCUCUGCGACGGGCACAACAGUUAGCAUAGUUAAUCCCCAGACCAGCACUGUAAGUAAUGUGAAUGUGUUGAGCUCUGCCAAUGUGCCUGUUAGAGGAGGGAUGAGCGUGAGCACUAGCAGUAGCACUGGUGGCUAUCCUCUCAAUGUGAUGAGCAGCGGUGGGGGGAGCGCAGGGGGCGUUGGCGCUGCAGCCGGUGGUAACCUUAUGAGCAACAACAAUGUCGGCGUGAUCCAGCAACACCAAAACAUCAACUCCAGCAUCACUAUGACUUCGACGACGACUGCUGCUGCUGCCGCCGUCGGGGCUUCUGGAGGGAUCGGACUCUCCGGUGGAAUCCAGGGGAGGGUCGGACCUGCCGUGGUGCAGCACGUGAGUGGCGUCGUCACAGCUGUGGCCCCAGUCCCCGUGGCCUCCGCUGCUAUCCAGCCCGCCCAGGCGGCGGCCCCCGCGGUGGUUGCCGCCAGUUCUCGCUUCCGGGUGGUGAAGCUGGAUUCCAGCUCUGAACCCUUUAAGAAGGGCAGAUGGACAUGCACGGAAUUCCACGACAAGGACACCCCGGCCUCUGCUCCCACCUCCUCCUCGUCUGACGCCGGGUCCCUCAGCGCGCGACAGUUUGUCUCGGAGAGCUUUGCUGCGGCCCCGGAAAGGGAAAGCACAAGUGGUAGUUCUGUGAGCAGCACUAUGAGUACAUUGAGCCACUAUAACGACAGUGUGUGCACCGCAGAGGCCGGGGGACUGCCAGCAGCCCAGCAUGCCCAGGAUUACGCCUCCUCUCCUCAGGGCUUUCAAGGAGUCUUCCCCAGUGGCUUAAACAUGGGAGUGUCCCAACCGCAAAUGCACCCCGCGGAUAUUACCCAUUCACAUGUGACGACCACUGUGGCCCCCUCAGCGCCCACUCACAAUUAUCAGCUCGGCCACCACGCCGCCAGUGGUCUCCCUGCGUCUGCUUUACCCAACCAGCAGCUCACAUAUGCCCAGGCAGUUGCCAAUCAGUCCUCAGGCACCACACAGGGCCUCAUGGGUGUUCAGCAGCAGCAGGCGGGGUACGUGAGCCUGCCACAGCAACCAGCUGCUACGCCCCAAGCAGCUUCAUUACAGGGGAGGCCACCGGAGUAUGCACAUCCACACCAAGGAGUCUCCCAGGCCGCUGCUGCUUCUCAGCCUCUGUCCCACCAUACAGGAUCAGCAUGUCAGAUGAUGGGAGGCCCGCAGCAGCCCCCGUCCCUUCAGACCUCCAGUAUGUCCCCUCAUGUGGGUCUCGGCCAACAGCCCCAGAGCCACCCGGUCCAUCAGGAUUCGCAGCAGCAGCAGCAGCAGCAGCAGCAGCAACAGUCACUCCAGCCACCGAUCCCAAACCAAGGGGUGGCCCCCCAGCUGCCCACAACAGUCCACCAGAGCCAAGUGUCUGCCCAAAGCGUGCCUCCCUCCAACCCUCAAAGCGCUCCCCAACCGCACAGCGCUGGGAACAGCGGCAGGAUGCCCCCGCAGGGUGCUCCGCAGAGCCAGCUCUCCGGCGGGGGCUUGUCCCAGGACCACAGCAGCGUCCUGGCCUUGGUUCACGCUGCCCAGGCCAGUGCCCUCUACGCCAGUCUGCCCACCUUCACCACCACCCAGCUGCAGGAUGCCCAGCGGCUGCUCCUCCAGCACCAGUCGACUCUUUUGGGGCUGCCCAAACUGUCUGGUGGGGAGGCCGGAUCCGGCACAGGCCUGGGUCAAGAAGCAGAGGGCGGCGCCGCUGCCGCCAGUGCCUUAGCUGCAUCCGCUGGUCUCAGGGCUGCCGAUGGGGAGGAGGACUGCUCGUCGGGAGCCAGCGUCGUGGCCAUAGACAACAAGAUUGAACAAGCAAUGGACCUGGUGAAGAGUCACCUGAUGUACGCCGUGCGUGAGGAGGUGGAGGUCCUCAAAGAGCAGAUCAAGGAGCUGAUCGACCGCAACUCCCAGUUGGAGCAGGAGAACACCCUGCUGAAGACCCUGGCCAGCCCGGAGCAGAUGGCCCAGUUCCAGGCCCAGGUUCAGACCGGCUCCCCCCCCGCCCCUCCGACGGCUGCCACGCCGGGGGCCCCGGGCGGCACCGCCCUCGCCCAGCCCAGCUCGCACAGCUCCGGCCCGUCAGCGUAGCCCGUUCUCUCUCUCUCUCUCUCUCACUGACGGACGGACACGUUUUUUUGCCUGUUCUGCUAGCAGAGCUACGCCUGGCCUUCCGCAGCAGGAGGUUCCGCUGUCAAGAAUUUGCACAUAUUUAUCUCUCAGAAGGAUGCACCCGGCAGGGCGGGCAGGCGGCGGCGGAGGGGGACGAUCCGCAGACGCUGUGUGGGAGGGUUUGUUUCGAAGGAGGGUUGAAUCAUCGAACAUUUGCCAAAAAAAAAAAAACUUGGACAUAUCAACUAGAAUGUCACUCGGAAGAGAAACAAAACCGCUCAGCAGUGGCGACGAUAUGCUUAGAUAUAGAUAAAAUAAAAUCACUGUGCCUGUGUCUGGAUUUUAAGUGAUGUCGAUUUUACUGAUGACGAAGACGACUGGGAGGUGGAGGAUUGUAUUAGUUACCUUUUUUUUUCUUGCUGAAUGAUGUAAAUAAAAGUGGUUCUCUCUCACGGCCACCAUUAAGUUACGGUCCUCAAGGUUUGCAAGAGAGAAAAAAAGCUUUCUCAGAGGGACAAAUGGGGAAUGUGAGCGAUUUAUUAUUACAAAGUGCCCGUCUGGAAUGGGGGAGUCUGAUAUAUCGAACAUUUGUCGGCGUUGAUGACGUUACUUCGACUGCGGGUUGGUGGGAUGAACAAAACGUGGUUCUCAAUUGAGAUGAUGACAUUCUAUUUCAGUAUUUCUCUUUCAAGCUCAUUUUGCUCUCGACGAAGCUCAACGCUGUUUUUUUUAUUUUGUUUUUUUUUCUUCCCCCUCAAUCCUGCUGUGGCAUGUAAUUUAAACCUUUUUCACCAGGGUUGAGACUUUGGUCCAAGCUGCAUUUCCUUUUUUUUUUCUUCUAAGAGUUUGAUGGGCAGAAGAUUAUGUAUAUUUCUGUACAGUGUAAGUACCAUGUAAAAUAGUGAGGAGAGGGAGUUGAAACAACAGAGGUUAUCUCGGUCACACAGGUGGAAGCGGGUGAGCGAGGACGGUGCCCGUCUCGCCCCGUCUGUGGCGUCUAUUUUUAAUGCUGUAUUUUCCAGACUGGAGUUGAGGUUAUUUAACUGGCAACACACACGCCAACUAUGUUGUCCGUAUCCCUUGCUAACAUGAACUCUUCACUUUCUAUCACUUUCACUUUUCUUUCCGGAGUAUUGCACUUUUAUGAUUUCUUUUUCUUUUUUUUCUUAAUAGUGAAAUACUCCCGGAUGAGCUAGAUCUUGAAAGUCAGCAUUUAAGGAAAAAAAAGAAGGAACGCAAAUACAAACUCUGGAGCAGUUUUUUUUGUUUUUUCAUUCUGUGUAUCGGUUGUAUACUCGUGUUCUGUGCAUGUUUCUGCAAAGACCGGAUGACAUAUUGUAACAUACAUACGACAUUUGCACUUGACAGCUGCACUUCACAACUUUCAAUAAACUUGCUUAAAGAAGAA